UGCGAGCGUUUCGUGCAGCUGCGCGACCUCUGUCUGAACCCCCACCCUCUCCCGUACGAGCUCUAUAUAAGCAGGCUCGCCCCUCCGCAGCACACGCGCUUCGUUCCUCCUCGUCCCUCGGCAUCGCCUCCUCUCCGUCUCCCUGCAGAGAGAGCGCCGCAAGGCACUGAAACUCGCGGCGGCGUGUUGUUUGCUUGCUUGCUGGCAAGAGGGAGAAAAGGAGGAGGAAGAGAGCAGGAGAUGGCAGGCUGCGAUGGAGCCAAGUCGCCGGCCUCCAAGGAGGAAGAGGCAUGUGUUGAGAAGUACGGAGGAAUUGCACCCAAGAAGCCUUUGAUAUCCAAGGACCACGAGCGCGCGUACUUCGAUUCAGCAGACUGGGUGCUCGGCAAGCAAGCUGCAAAUAGCAGCACACGGGCUGCUGUUGAGUCUCUGAAGCCCAAGCUGAAGCGAACGCCUCACCACCAGCUUCCCCCUCGCAAGCCGACCUGCGCUUCCAGCUGAGAUGCACGGUGAGCUGGCUGGCCUCCAAUCCAAAAGCAUGCAGCACUUAGCUCGUAGUAGCAUCACGCGCAGCAAUGUGCAAAAGCGCCGCAAGAAAUGACCACCCCUCUGUGUUCGUGCAGUGCAGCUGCUGGAGGGAGUGCUGGGCGGCAAGGAUUGGGCUCGGAUAAAUGUUUGGCCGCUGGUCCGAAAUCGUAGGGAUGGAUCAGAAGCCUGAGGGGCAAAUCUGGCUACUUGUCAAUUGCAGCCUCUACUAUGUCUAUCAUCAAGAACGGAUUAGAUGGUACUUGUGGUUGAACUGAAAGUUUUCUCGUUUUUGAAGUAAAAAAAAAAGCAUGUGUCCGUUACCCACGGGCUAUCACCA